CCGUGCGCACUGCGCGUCCUGGCCUGUCAGUAGUAGCCAGAUGGAAACGUAGGCAAGUGAAUUUGGUGAGGUCAUGUAUUUUUAAGCCGCACAACGGAAUAAAUCAUCCACAAUCGGCGGCAUAAACGAAUAGUCCGGAACAUUUCGCCGCCGAUCGGACCGCGGGGGGAUCGAUAGUUUGAUUUGAUGACAGAGAGGACAUUUUUGGAUGCACAGAAGGCACUAAUUGAAGAUUUCGCCAUGAACAAAAACAAGAGAGAAAGAGAGUUCUACAGCCUAGAUGUUGGGGAUUCGACGUUCACAGUACUGAAGCGAUACCAGAAUCUAAGACCCAUCGGCUCAGGAGCACAGGGAAUUGUCUGCUCUGCUUACGACCAAAUCCUUGAACGAAAUGUCGCCAUCAAGAAGCUGAGUCGGCCGUUUCAAAAUCAAACCCAUGCCAAGAGGGCGUUCAGAGAGCUAGUCCUAAUGAAAUGUGUCAAUCACAAAAAUAUCAUCGGCCUUUUAAAUGUAUUUACGCCGCAAAAAUCAUUAGAAGAAUUCCAAGAUGUAUACUUGGUAAUGGAGCUGAUGGAUGCCAACCUGUGCCAGGUCAUUCAGAUGGAGCUGGACCACGAGAGGCUGUCGUAUCUGCUCUAUCAGAUGUUGUGUGGUAUCAAACACCUCCACGCUGCCGGCAUCAUUCACAGGGACCUCAAGCCCAGUAACAUAGUUGUCAAGUCAGAUUGCACACUGAAGAUUUUAGACUUCGGCUUGGCUCGGACAGCUGCCACGGGCCUCCUGAUGACGCCGUACGUGGUUACACGCUACUACAGAGCACCAGAGGUUAUCCUGGGAAUGGGCUACCAAGCCAAUGUGGAUGUAUGGUCAGUGGGCUGCAUAGUGGCCGAGAUGAUCAGGGGAAGCGUGUUGUUCCCCGGCACUGAUCACAUUGACCAGUGGAACAAGGUAAUCGAGCAGCUAGGCACUCCAUCUCAGGAUUUUCUAAUGAAGCUGAACCAGUCAGUUAGAACGUAUGUAGAAAACAGACCACGCUACGCUGGCUACAGCUUCGAAAAACUCUUCCCAGAUGUGCUCUUCCCUGCUGACUCAGACCACAACAAACUGAAAGCGAGCCAAGCCAGAGAUCUCCUAUCUAAGAUGUUAGUGAUUGAUGCCUCUAAGCGCAUCUCUGUAGACGAGGCCCUGCAGCACCCCUACAUUAACGUUUGGUACGACCCAGCUGAAGUGGAAGCGCCCCCUCCAAAGAUCCUGGACAAACAGCUGGAUGAGAGGGAGCAUACCGUGGAAGAGUGGAAAGGGCUUAUUUAUAAGGAAGUGAGUGAAUGGGAGGAGUGGACAAGAAAUGGAGUGAUAAGAGGCCAGCCGCCUCCUUUAGGUGCAGCAGUGAUUGACAGCCCCCCUCAGCCCACGUCCUCCUCCUCUUCGGCCAACGAUGUCUCGUCCAUGUCCACAGAGCCCACUGACCCGAGCAGUGACCCCACCAUGACCUCUGAAACAGAUAGCAGCUUGGACAGCCACGCUUCUCUGGGUGCGCUGGCCUGCUGCAGAUAACGCACACAUACAACACACACACACACACACACACACACACACACACUGGCACACAAAAAACAAACCUUCCCUCAUCAGUGUGUGUGAUGGGAAAGGCCAACGGAACUUCUCAUGUUAGUUUGUAGAGCCGCGCUUUUAAUGUACAGUUUGUUUUUAUUCCCCCUCCCCCUCUUUUGCUGUAAAUGAUUGUGGUUUGAAAGUGUAUCAUUAUUACUGUAUUUUUGCUGGAAAGAAUCAGAGUAUGUUUUGAUGUGAAUCUGUGAUGUAUGUUAUGAAAGAGAGGGAUCUGAGUGUACUUUACACAUUGCUGUUUUUUUAGCUACUGCUACACAGUCGACUACCACACUGUUAGCACUGCAAAAUUAUGUUGAGUAUAUUUUUGAAUUGUUUAUUUGGCAUUUUUUGUAUUGUUUUUGGGACAUUUGAAUGAAUCACCAACUAUCUUUUUAAUAGUAGACUAUAGCGCACUUCAUCUUGGAUCCGGUUACAGAUGAUUUUAUUUUGAUAUCCUCAUCUUUCUUGUAGAAAGCGUCCCUUGGUGUAUCCAAUUUUUUAAAUAUAUUUCACCUCUGAUAGUGUGCAUCUUGACAAGCAGUCAGAUUGCCCUGACACUGAAUUUCUUUAUAGCAUACUGUAAACUGACUGUAUUUUAACUUUGGUUACUUAGAUGUAAUUUCUAGGCAAUGGUCUGUUGGAUGAGGAAGAACAGGGUGAAUGUAAGAGAAUCGAGAUGUGAGGAGCUAGUGAUUCCUGUUAGCGCUGUAACAAUUUAAUAUAGGCCACUCCACUGGCUAGAAUGAGUUCUGUAUGUGGGGACUGUCACCAGAGACUAACUCAAAAUUAGUCACCUUACCCUUUUGGCAGGUUCUCUCAGACGUUAUUCACAGCUGUCUGAUAUUUAACAUAUUUAAUUUAAGUGCCCUUACUCAGUUCAGUGAUUUUCUCCGUUGCAGAUGCUCCUGUCUCCUGUGGUGCGUCUUUCUGAGUUCUACCUCACACAUGCACAUACACACAAACACACGUUUUUUGAAGUUAUCAUGGCACACGUUAUUCGAAAGAAAUGAGAAAAGAAGAUCCUUUUUUUGUCUGUAUUUGCGUUAUUUAUUUAUUUAUUUAUUUCAAGCUAGGAGGCGUCUAUUGUAUGUAAUGUACAUUUCAUUCAGAAGUACUAUUUAUAUGCAUUUUGUUUCAUUUUUUUUUUGUUUUCUGUGCAAUAUAAUUCAUAGAUUAGUAUAGUCAGUGAUUGAUCUGUACAUUUUACUGUAGAUGUUUGUAUGUUUUCUGAGAGUCAGGAAACAGGCAUUUGCAGCCUGCCAUGGUAACCUUUGGAUGUAUUUGAUGGCUCCAAUUCCCAACCUGUCUUUUUGCCCUUUUCAUGGUUGGGCACUCCAGGCAGUAACCCCCCCUAGCAUCAGCUCCCAGAAUGCACUUUGGGGAUUGUGACGCAUGUCUUGACCCUAUCUGGGCCACACCUCGAUUGACUGUUGUGGCUUCCUCUUUUAGUCAUUUUCCUCUCCUCCCAUCUCCUCAGAAAUAGAAACGAUAGAAUAGAUGACGCAUGAGUUUUCUCUGAGCACAUCUGGUUUUAGUGCAGGUACAUUUAGAGGAAAGACAGGACAGCCAUUCAGCACUUCUGGGACAAUGCUGCAGUCUUCUGGAUGGUUUGACCGCAAACACUGACAGCAAAGAGUUAACCCGUUGAGGUGGGAUUUCAUCAGGCCAGUUGUGUGAAGUUUAUCGUUUGAAUCUGAAAUUGCCUCACUAACAGACCAAUUAUAUACAUCAGAAAUGGAAACUGUCUACCUUCAACUCUAGUAAAUAAAUGAGUUGAAUUUUAAUGUUGCACAUUGUUUUCUUUUCUUCUGUUAAGUCAAUAUUUUCUUUCAUGACUAUGACUUCUAUAGAGAACCCCAGGGAUGACAUUUUUCUGUAGGCCGAUGUUGAGGUAAGCAUUACCCUGGUUCCCUCAUCAAAAAGCUGAGGGGAUUUUCCCAUUGGAUUUUGGCUCAUUGCAGAAAAUAAGCUUU